AUGGAUGAGCAUGGCGUGCUGGUGCGGGGCGAGCCCGUCCGAGUCCUCGCCAGUCGGCUGCAGAUCGUCGAUACGCCCGGCACUAACGCUAUCGAUCGCAGCCAUGAGGCCUUGACUAAGGAGUUUUUGCCGCUGUGCGAUAUCGUUUUGUUCGUCACAUCCGCCGAUAGGCCGUUCAGUGAGAGCGAGAGGCUCUUUUUGGAGAGCAUUCGAACGUGGGGGAAGAAAGUGGUAUUGGUCCUCAACAAAAUAGACUUGUUGGAAGGGAACCAAGCUAAACAAGAGGUCGUCGAUUUCGUGUCUUCCUCAGCAAAAGCACUGCUUGGCAACGGAUCCAGGCUCUUCGCUCUUUCGGCGAAACAUGCCAAGCAAGCAAAGGAAGCUACGUCCGACGAAGAGGACAAACGCUGGGGGUCCUCCGGCCUUGCCCAGCUUGAAGAGUACAUAAACGAAGAAUUGGAUUCUAUCGAACGACUUCGUCUCAAGCUCAGAGCCUCAGCGUCCGUUGGAAAAACCGUCGCAGGCAAGUACAUCGCCGUUCUCUCCGGAAACAAAACCAUCAUUGACGCAGACAUGGACACGGUCCACAGAAUCGAAACACUGCUCCGACGGCACGAAGAAACUUUACGAAAAGGAUAUCCAGGUCAUUUUGCCCGUGUAGAUAAUGUCCUGUUGGAGGUCCUCGACAAAGCCGAUCUUUUCUUUGAUACACACGUCCGCGUGAGCAACGCUUGGAGCCUGUAUAACAAAUCUGCGAUGGAGCAAGCUUUCGAGGAAGAAGUAGUUAGCGGAAUGAGAAAGUCUGUGCAGCGACAAGUGCAAAGCUUGGGUGAGUGGCUGGCUGACAUGUCAUCUCAAAACCUUACUGAGACAACGGCGAUCUUCUCACGACGAAUAGGGGAGCGAGCUCGGGAGAUCGCUGCUAUGAACAAGGAAAAGGGGAUUGAUGCUCAAGACUCAUCCUUGCAAUUCUCAAAGUAUCCAUCCGGUAGAGAUAUCGAAGGGACACGCGGUCAAGAGCGUUUAGUAACUCGGUUGACUGAAGUUUCGGAGGACCUCUCCAACGAAUACAUUUCUAGAAGAGAAGGCAAGAAAAUCGCUGAGAGAAUCUCGAAGUCUAUACGGCUCAGUGCAGGCCUUGGCCUCGCUUCAUUUGGCUCCAUGUCCAUGUUCUUGAUGAACUCGUCGUCUUUCGCACCGGCAAUGCUUUUUGGAGACCCCACAAUUCCAGUUGUCGCGAGUGUUCUCGGAGUCCUAGGGCUGGCGACUGUUCCACGGCAGAGAAUGUCACUCAGAUCAGAGCUUAGAGCUCGUGUAAUGAGUACCCGCACCCGUUUGCGGAAUGAGCUCCGUGGCCGACUCGAAGAGCAAAUGGGAGCGCAUGUGUCGGGGAUUCGAGAUGCACUGCAGCCCUUUACAGACUUUGCAGACAGUCAAAAUCGUGGCAUCAGUACGCGAAUGGCCGUCGUUCAGGACUCACUGAGUCUUGUGGAAGGCCUGGACGACAAAAUCGCUAGAGCAGACAUGUUCAAAUCGUCGAAAAAACCAAUAUUGCUGUGUUACUCUAGAUCGACGGCAUAUGAUCAUGCUCUGAUGGGAAGAAACGUCUUUUGCCUUGCGCACGCUUGGUUUUGGCGCCUGUUUCUACGUUACCUACAGAGUUGUGAGGCGACUGCAACGCAAUCGUAUCCAAAUGCAUGGGCAGGACCACAGGAUUGAGUUAGAAACGCUUAUCAGAGAUCAGGGUUAAACACGCGUUUGCCUUGAGCUGAAAGCGAGGGCGACAUAGCCUCAGUUGCAUGAGUCCUUCAAACUGCAUUUAGCAUGCACCUGAGCAAUUCCUCAAAGUAGGGGUACGAUGCGGCCAGUUCGGGAAUAAGAAGAAGAUACCCACAAGAGGUAGAGCCGAUUUCACGACUGUCUGUGGUACAGAAUUAGUGAGCAGACGUCGAUGAGAGACCAACUCUCUUGUGCCGUCAUCUAGUUGCGCUAUUACAACACGAAAUGCAAUUGAGACCUGCAGCUGAAGAGGAAAUUUCGACCAGUGUCUAUCUUUAGAUCAAAGAACUGUCCCAGGCCAACGAAUGCCAGAUGCGCAGCGAACUGGACUGGGUUUCAAGGGCAGUUGGAAGAGGCGUUAUUUACGACACCUAUCGCGAAGGGCUCCCGCAGAGGGCUUUAGAGCUGUCCGCCCGCACCUGCUCGGCUCGAAUCGCCUGUAACUUAGCCAAAGAGUCAUGAUCAUUCGCGUCUCUUGCUAACCGAAUCAAGAAACAUGUCACUUUUGACUUUUUGAGAUUAGAUAGUAAUUGCGAUGCAGCAGCUUGAUCAGCUGCUGCCCGCGUUUUAGCAGACGCGAUACUCACGCGACGCCCAAAAAGCUCUAUCCCUUGCGUAAAUGUUUGCUUGACGUAGUCUCCCCUGAUCUCAAUAUACUUGAAACGCGUACCUAAUGCCAUUCCAGGGAGGCCUUGCUUCACUAAGUACUCUUGGAGCUCUUGUUUCUUGCACAUAUAAGUUUUACGGCCGAGUGAUUCGACUUCCCAAAUAGGUAAAAUUUGGGACUGAAAGAAUCUUAGAGCCGCAUCAUAUCCCCCAUCGAGAAAGAGGGCACCGAGCAAAGCCUGUAGAAAUAGUUCAUACGCAUAUCCGUAGUUCCAUGAGGAAGGAAAUCUGGUUAGAUUCCUCGAAAUAAGUGAGCACAUGGUUCCUCCAAAACAUAUAAAACCCCACAAAACCUUUUCGAGUAGCUUACUUCAAACAUAUCACCGUAUCGCGAGCCUUUCUGGCCGCGUAACUCUUUCGCUUGCAAGAGGAACUGAUCCAGUCCCAGUUGUCUGAUUUUCGAAAAAAUUUGUGCGCUUGGUCACGAGAUAGAAGAAAGUGCGAAAGAGUACUCAACUGGCCCUCCGUUUUGGUAGCGUGGUGAUUGUACAAACCCUCCAUGACAAGAAGGCCAUAUACCCUAUCUCCCAGAAGUUCUAACCGCUCGUUGUUGGCUUCGAUUUCUCGGAAAUGACCUUUGUCAGUUUCGUACAUUAAAUCGCACCGUUUAAAGUUGUUGUUGAUUAGAGAGCGGUGAGACAAUGCUUGUGCUAGCAGCGAACGAUCCUUAAAUUUGUGCUUCAGGAUCGAUUCGACGCGAGUAAUUGAAAUGUCCUGAAGCACAGUUUUUGGAGAGGUGUGCAUUUUCAUUCUCUGAGCAGCUUGGGGUGCUUUUUGGUGGGCAUGAGCGCAGAAUGCGUGGCAAUUAAACUGUGAAUAGCCAUGCCUUGAUCCAUGUGGUCUUCGUGCGAGUCUUGUCCGGACAUAUCCGACCCGCAAAAAUGCCCUAUUCAAACCUGCCGCUUGCGUGAAUGCCGGUAUUCCCAUCGUGAACACGAGCGUUGUGUUUCAGAAUCUGAUACAUCUGCAACCAUUCAUGACGCCGAUCGUUUUUGAGCUGGC